AUGUCCGGACGGAGCCGGGGCCCUCAGCGCUCCGCCAUAUUUUCAGAUCUGCUCAGUCACAUCCCGCCCGAUUGUCAGCCUCACUUUGACGACGUUGUUUCGCAGCUUCGACGUGGCUACAACCGCCACGGAGGCUCUUCGUCGGCGCGAGACACCCCCGCAUCCCUGCCACAGUGGGCACCCGAUCUUUCUCCGGCACAAGCCAUCGACUUGAUGAGCGAGACGCUGCGCUUUGCAGCGAUGUUGGAUGUGUAUUUCGACAAUAUUGGCCAUCGCGGCGACGUGGAUGGGGUAUCGGAUGCCCUUCGCCAUCUGGGUUAUCGACAGUCCAAUAUUUUACUUCGCAGCAGCAAGCGAAAGUAUGAUGGGUCCGGGCCAAGCGGCGAAGAGAAAAGAUUUUCCCCCCACAAUGCAACCUCGCAGACACAGUCGAGUGCGUUUCGCAAUGACUCCGACCAGAGCCCCGGUAACGUGGACCAGGAGCACCAACUUGCUCAUAUUGACCAACUCAACCGAACUCUCAAGACCAUCAUCAACGAAAACAAGCGCCUCAAGAAGGACUGCGAAAAGCAAAAGUGCGAAACGAUAGACCUACAGAGCCGCAUUCGCAACCUCGAAAACAGUGUCACAACAUAUCGAACGCUCUACGAAAAGACCAAGCGCGCGCUCGACGACGAUUCGGACGAGUUUGCCAUCAAGCCCUUGGCCAGCUCGAAAGCCGAGGAACCCAGUGCUGCCUUGGCACCGAGCUCGUCGUCUGGCCCCAAUCCGGAGACAGAUUUGGCCCCGGUGGACCCCAUGGAGCUGCAGAUCCUGGAAUCAAAGUAUAAUGAGGCCCAGGAAGCCCUGGACCAAGCGACUGAGGAGAAAGGUCGGCUCGAGAAGCAGCUGGAGAAGCUGGAGAAAAACAUCGAGGGACUUUCUAUGCAACAUCGGGCUGAAGUCAGCCAGCUCAAAGUAAGGAACGAAGAUCUCGAAAAGGCCCUGGCCGAGACCCAACAGGAGUUGACUGCGCGCUCCGAAGGCCGUCAGAAAGGCGAUGUGCCUAUCGACAUGAGCAUCUAUAGGGAGAACUCACCCCUUCCUGGAGACGUUUGCACCAAAGCCGAAGACCAGGACUCUGAAUCGCGCGUUGCGAUCAAGAAGGAGCCCGUGCAAAGCCUCGAUGAUAAUCAGAGUCACAUCAUCGCAUCGCUGAACAUAAAGAUUCGAAGCCUUAAGGAAGCGAAUGAAAAGGCAAAUCGCGCAAUCAACAAGCAACAGGUCGAGCUCGAUGCCCUUCAAAAAGAAAUGGAGUCCACCCGUCAUCAGCUCCAUCACCUGCUCGCUGUCCGUGAACGGGACAAUGAAGCCCUUCACGCUGAGUUUCGAACGGCACGAAAUUUCGAGAUCGAGAAGUGGAACAAUGAGCGGGCUGCACUCAAGUCCGAGAUCGAGACGCUACGGGUCCAGCUCGCACACCAAGAGCAUCAUGGGCAAAAACCAAACCAUCCAGCUCAUUACCGCCGCAGUUGA